CAUCCAGGGCCUCCCCGGCGGCGUAGUGUCGGGCUGAGCCCCAGAUCCCGAGCUCGCGCCGACACCCACCUCCCGAGGGACUCCGGGCCCUCCAGCACCGAAGCCGGAGAGCCCCUUGUGUGUCCCGCCGUUUCCUGGUGGAGCGACCCCGUUACGUUAGAGAUGAAAGGCUGGGGCUGGCCGGCCCUGCUUCUGGGGGCCCUGCUGGGAGCCGCCUGGGCUCGGACGGCCCAGGAUCUACACUGUGGAGCUUGCAGGGCUCUGGUGGAUGAACUAGAGUGGGAAAUUGCCCAGGUGGAUCCCAAGAAGACCAUUCAGAUGGGCUCUUUCCGAAUCAAUCCGGAUGGCAGCCAGUCAGUGGUGGAGGUGCCUUAUGCUCGCUCAGAGGCCCACCUCACGGAGCUGCUAGAGGAAGUAUGUGACCGGAUGAAGGAGUACGGGGAACAGAUGGACCCUACCACCCACCGCAACAUUUACAUACGUGUAGUGAACCGGAAUGGAGAACCCAAAGACCUGAAUCUAGAAGGCAUCCGAAUUGAUUCAGACAUCCGUGGCACCCUCAAGUUUGCGUGUGAGACCAUUGUGGAGGAAUAUGAGGAUGAACUCAUUGAAUUCUUUUCCCGAGAGGCUGACAAUGUGAAAGACAAACUUUGUAGCAAGCGAACAGAUUUAUGUGACCAUGCCCUGCACAUACCGCAUGAUGAGCUGUGAAUCACUGAGCGGGCCCAACUGACAAGCUUGAUGGAUCACCCCCAGGAGGGGAAAAGGUGGCAAUGCCGUUUAUAUUAUGUUUAUAAUGAAAUGAACUGAAAAAAUAUGAAACUAAAAGGAUGAACGGUGUUGUCUUUUCAUGCCCAGAAUUGGUCCUUAGAUUAGGUUUGAAGAUGGGGGGUUCCAGACAGGAAAUAAAAGGGAAGGGAAGGACGAGCGUUGGGAAUGGUAUCGCAGGAAGGGAGGAGGAGCCUGAAGCUUUCGUUCUUUGCCAUCUGAGAUUACUGCUGCACUCACAAACGAGGUAAACAUUUACUCAGUGCCUACUCAAAUGUGUCUCAAGCUUAAUUGUGGAGAAAAGAGGACCCUCUGUGAAUGAGCAGAAGAACAUAAGUAAGCGUAUGGUGGCAUAGGAUUCUAGAAAUUACAUGUGUUCAUACUGAUGAAACGUAAAGUAAAACCGCUUGGUCUCGAAGGAAAUAAUGGACAUGCAUUAUUCUUUCCUCCCUGCCCUUCCAGAUGGAGGGAUCAACAAGAGCAUUCAGGAAGGGGAAAAUGGAUGUGAUCAACUCAGCUGAAAAGUAAGGGCUUUUUCAGAUAGGGAGAAAUUAGGUAAGGAAUGUUAUUUAAUGAAAGACCUUAUUUGAUGGCCUACGUUUUUAGAUUUGGUGCCAACAGCAAGUAUACCCUUUUCAUCUUCAUCACUAGCUAAUGUCAAUCUAGACUAUAAGUCUGUCCUCACUUUCUGUAUGUAGAGAUUCUGUACUGGGGUAUAGUGAUGAAAACAAAGGAUACUUUUUUAAAUACCUGAUUCGGGGAUGUGGCUGUCUUAGGUUUGAAAUGGAACAUUUCUGUCUCAGGAAGGCCUCAGAGAGAACCUGAAUAAACAUUUCAAAGACUUCUUAAA